CGGGACAAACCCAAACCUGCAGCGUCAAAAAGCGGGCGUCCGCUUGUUUCAGAACUCGCGAAUUCCUGUUUUUUGUGCCCAGUACACGUACUAUUCGCCAUGCAACUCUUCCACGAUUAUAUUCUUAAGUAACCUCUCGCUGGUUUGACCGAAAACAAGCGAGAAAUCCAGAAAACAAGUGCUGUGCGUGUGUUGUGCAACUGACAUUUCUUCAGGUGCCGUCAUUGAGGUACCAUGGGAGACUUAGAUCUAGAUAGACAGAUAGAGCAGCUGAAGCGUUGUGAAAUAAUUAAGGAGAAUGAGGUCAAAGCGCUCUGCACUAAAGCCAGAGAAAUCUUAGUUGAAGAAAGUAAUGUCCAACGUGUGGAUUCACCUGUAACUGUUUGUGGUGAUAUUCAUGGGCAGUUCUAUGAUCUGAAGCAGCUGUUCGCUGUUGGUGGAAAUGUUCCUGAAACUAACUAUCUUUUUAUGGGAGAUUUUGUUGACCGAGGAUUUUAUAGUGUUGAAACAUUUUUACUUUUACUAGCUCUUAAGGUUCGAUACCCUGACCGAAUAACCCUGAUUCGAGGCAACCAUGAGUCAAGGCAGAUAACGCAAGUUUACGGUUUUUAUGAUGAAUGUGUUAGGAAGUAUGGCAGUGUGACGGUCUGGAGGUAUUGCACAGAAAUUUUUGAUUAUCUCAGUCUGUCAGCAAUCAUUGAUGGAAAGAUAUUCUGUGUCCAUGGAGGUUUGUCUCCGUCAAUACAGACUUUGGACCAAAUACGGAUCAUAGACAGGAAGCAGGAAGUUCCUCAUGAUGGACCCAUGUGUGAUCUCCUAUGGUCGGAUCCUGAAGAUGCUCUUGGAUGGGGUGUGAGCCCACGAGGAGCUGGAUACUUAUUUGGAUCAGAUGUGGCUGUCCAGUUUAGUACAACUAACAACAUUGACAUGAUUUGCCGAGCCCACCAACUUGUUAUGGAAGGCUACAAGUGGCAUUUUAGUGAAGCAGUCCUCACUGUUUGGUCAGCUCCAAAUUAUUGUUACAGGUGUGGUAAUGUUGCAGCUAUCCUCCAACUAACCGAUACUUUGGAAAGAGGUUUCACGAUAUUUGAAGCUGCACCACAGGAAAGUAGAGGUGUACCAUCAAAAAAACCCCAAGCAGACUACUUUUUAUAAAUCCAGAUUGUUGUUUUGGGAAUUGUAUUUUAUCUUUGCUUGUAAAUUAGUCAUCUUUUCAAGCAAGUCUCAUAUUUUUGAGUUGGAAACGUAACUUGGCAGAAAUCAGAAUCCUCGAAAAUUCAAAAAUUUUUAAAGCAUCAGUUGUUAUGAACUACAUGUUGCAUAUGGUAACUAAUUACUUUUCCUUCCAAAACAAGAAUGCCAUAACUUUAUUCUUGUCUUAUUGCUUUCUUUUUUGCCAGGAAGUUCUACCCAAAAACUGCUUUAACAUUCAUUUUGUAUAUUUUUAGAAUACUGUUUUGUAUGAUGGAGCUCUCAUACCGCAAAAAUGAACCACAAAAUUGAUCAACCAUUUUUAAAGAGUAUUUUGUAAAUAAAGGGAAAGAAAUGCCAAAUCUAGAAGGAAGUUAAGGCGUUCUUGCUUUGGACAGCAGUUUUGAAAAAGGAAGUUAUACUGUAAAAUUUUUUUUUUUUUGCGAAUCUAACUUCUAAUUCUCAGAGAAUUAAUCCAGGGAUGCAAAAAGUUCUUGGCUGUCCAGUUUAAACCUCUUUUUCCUCAAAAAUUUCUAGAUAAUGACCGAAUGGCACUGCACAUAUUGAAUGGAUGAACGAGCAUUUGCCGGCGUUCCUAUUUUAAAACCCGUUUUUGGGGCCUUUCGAUUUCUGCACACGAAAAAACUGUGAACUUCCCUGUCGCAUAAUCAGGUACUUUUUGCAGCCCUGAAUUAUUGCUUAAUAUUGUGCUCAGUAUGUUACGUUUUCAAACUCUUUUUCUCAUGAAUAAAAUUUUAAGAUUUAUAUUAAGGUAAACUAUAUCAGUAGAGAUGGUGCAUCAAGGCUGCCAAAAACAUUAUUGAAUGACUUCGAAAUUAGGUAAUGCAGCAGGAAUUAGGUAAUAAGGAGGAAUCCACAGUUCAAAAAGAAAUUGAUCUAAAAAGUUAUAAAAUUGACUUUUGAGUGGGUCAGAAUUUUUCAAAUUGACAAGAAUUUGAUGAAGUCCUAACAAUGUUGGUCUUUUUUAAAUUACUGAUAGUUGAUUUGUUUUCGGUCGUUUCAAUAAGAUAUUUUACUAAAAUCUUAAAGGAAUAAUCCUUGUUUAAGCAUUUAUUUAUGAAUCUAAAGAUUAUGGUCUAUGCUACCAAAAGUGGCAGAUGAGAAGUGGAGUCAUUGUAUUGUUGUUGGAGUAUUGUCUAGGGGUUGAAAAUCAGGUACAUUGGUUUAUUCUAAGGACUCAGGCUUUCCAGAAUUGAUCAAUUCUUAAAUAGACUGAACCAUUAAUCUGACUUCGCCUGUUGACUGCCUCUUUUCCUAGCAUUGACCAUAAACAUUUAUGUUAUCACAUAACUAUUGAUAAAUCAGGGUCAAAUUCUGUAUGAAUGAUUUAUUUGUCCUUUCAUUUGCAUUGAAGAAGAAGGGAAGAUGCUUUUAGUUAGAGACUAAUUCGUCAACACUGAGUGACAGAAACUUGACCUGCCUUUUGGGAAAGUCUAAAUCUUCAAACUUUUCUUUUCUCUUUCUUUGUAUUUUUAAUUUUGCUCUAGAUUCUCAUCUGCGUUCUCUUGUCCUUGAGCAGAAUACUUCUCUUGAAAUGAAGUACUGUCUUUACAAAAGCGAAAUUCAAAUCCCUGGUUGGAUUUUUUGUUCUUCAUUGGAAACUGUCAUGUUUUAAAACAAAUUAAUCAUGGAUAUUCACUUGCUUUAUGAGUUGAUCUAUCGGCUGCAUAUCAAAUCGAUGGCCGAAGUGCAAAACUUUGUAUUUUUACUGCGGUGUUUCACAAUUUCCCCUCUAAUUUUAUUUUUUUUUAAAAGAAACAAGCCAACUUUAUAGCCUGAAAUUCAUACAGAAUAUUCUGCUAGCAGAGAAUAAAAAUUAAGGAAGUUUUUAAGAAAUUUUGUUGACCAGUUUUCCAGUGAAAAAAAUAUGACAGGAAAUCUGCAUUGUAACGAAUGGAGAUACGUUAUUUCGCACUUUGGCUGUAGAAAUUUUUUAUUAUGAGUAGUAGCUUCCAAUAUUCUCUAUUCUUUCUCUAUUUGCUCGCCAGGAUGAGAUCCCUUUUUUUAUGUUAAUUUGCAAACAGUAUUUCGACGGUGAAACUGCAAAAAUGCGCAUCUCGGUUGUGGUGUUUCUAAAUCUCCGCUCAUAUUUUAAUACUCUAAAAGAGACUGAACUAACAUAUUGGCUAGAAUUUUGCACAGAGUAUUCUGUGUGUAGAAAAAGAAAAAACACCGAAAUUUUAAAAAUUAACGUUUAGAUGACGUUCACAAGUGAUAGGAAGUAUCCAGUGCAGCAAGCCCAGUUACGCAUUUCUUCAGUGUCACCAUCGAUUUACAUUUUAAGUUCAAUCUCUUAACUUUAUGAACAAAAACAUUUGGAAUGCAGCAAACUACACCUCAUCACACACAGUCAUGAUUUUCAGUAGUUCAUAGCAAAAUUUUGCCGACGUAAUACAUUGGCUCAGAAAGCAAGCUUUAAGAUUAACUCAAACAAUCCUAAACCAUAUGCAUUAUACAGCGUUACGUUAUUUUAUCAUCAGUCAGUCAUUCUGAAGGUUCAGUUCGUUGAGGGAAUGAUUUCAACAAAAAAAUUGAUUGAUUAAUUCUCUUUUGCCGGGUUCUUCAUUGCUAAAUUUGACCCAAAUUUCGAUUUUAAAGUUUUAAUGAGUUAAGCUUGAACUUCAUUGUUACAUGUUUUUUUCCUCCUUUUUUACUUUUGGCCAUUGACCAUGGGUCUAUUGGAUGCUUGAAUACUAGUUUUACCUUAAACAACCCCUGUACUGUUCAUUAAAAUGUACUGUAUUUCUGUGAUCAAUCAUUUCAAAUGGCUCUGUGUUUUCACUGAGAGCAGAGUAGGUUUAUUUUUAAGCUCAGGCAAAUUUGGGAAUUUUUUUAAUCUUAUGUAAUUUUGUUCUUAGCAAUUCAAAAGAUAAGUAAAUCAAUUCAACUUACA